UGUUAUGGUUCGGCACGCAGUUGAAUGCGGGAAUAUCGAGGCUGGCUGCGCUGCGCCCAGAACUUUGCUGUCUCUCGGGAGUCGGGACCAUGGAUGCCCCAAAACACGUGACGAACUUCGGCGCAGGGCCAGCUAAGUUGCCGCGUUCGGUAUUGUUAGAAGCCCAAAAAGAACUGGUGGAUUAUAAAGGCCUUGGCAUAAGUGUUCUUGAAAUGAGCCACAGAACUUCUGACUUCGCAAAAAUCAUCAGAAAAGCAGAAGACCUCUUGCGUGAACUCCUAAAUAUACCUGGCAACUACAAAGUGGUUUUCCUCCAAGGAGGUGGAUCUGGACAAUUUAGUGGUAUCCCACUUAAUCUUAUUGGAUUAAAAGAAGCAAGGAUUGCUGAUUAUGUGGUUACUGGGGGCUGGUCAGCUAAAGCUGCUAAGGAAGCAGAGAAAUAUGCCAAAGUGAAUCUUGCUCAUCCUAAACUUUCUAGUUACACAAAAGUCCCUGACCCAAGCACUUGGAACCUUAACCCAGAUGCCUCUUAUGUUUAUUACUGUGCAAACGAGACUGUUCAUGGUGUGGAGUUUGAUUUUGUACCUGAUGUUGGAAAGGCAGUCCUAGUUUGUGACAUGUCAUCAAACUUCCUUUCCAGGCCAGUGGAUGUUUCCAAGUUUGGUGUAAUUUUUGCUGGUGCCCAGAAGAAUAUAGGCUCUGCUGGAGUCACGGCAGUUAUAGUGCGGGAUGACUUACUUGGCUUUGCACUCAAAGAGUGCCCUAUAGUGUUAGACUACAAAGUACAGUCAGAAAAUGGCUCAUUAUACAACACUCCUCCAUGCUUCAGUAUCUACAUUAUGAGUUUGGUCCUGGAGUGGAUAAAAAACAAUGGAGGAGUUCAGGCUAUGGACAAACUUAGCCGAAUUAAAUCCCAAAUGAUUUAUGACAUUAUUGACAACUCAAAUGGAUUCUAUGUAUGUCCCGUAGACAGAAACAGCAGAAGCAGAAUGAAUGUUCCUUUCCGGAUUGGCAGUAUUAAGGGUGAUGAGGCCUUGGAAAAGAAAUUCUUUGAAGAAGCUGUAGAAAACAACAUGAUAUCCCUGAAAGGACAUAGGUCUGUGGGAGGAAUCCGUGCUUCUUUAUACAAUGCUGUGACUAUAGAAGAUGUUCAGAAGCUGUCAGUGCACAUGAAAAGCUUCAUGGAGAGGCAUUGGUCAUGAACUCAAGACCUGAUACUGUGCCACGCCCCUUGGAAAUCAAGUGCAAAGAACUGGAUAGUGGGAGUAGUAUGAAAGGCCAAAUAGCAACUAAACCUUUUCUGAUAAAAUAAUAAUCCCUGUAUGAUUAAUUCUUGGUCUUAAAAUAUCAGG